AUGGAAUUGGAAGAACCAAUCAACGCAAAUGAUGAAAAGGAUGUUUGUGAUAAUAAUGAUGUGGAAGUGAUCCGACGCGUUUUGGAUGAAAUGAUUGAAAGCCGUUUGAAAGUGGUCUGUCAACAUGACCUUGUUUGUAUUUCCAAUUCUGAAUGCUGGAAGGAAACGGGUAUAAAAUUACUGAGCAACAGUACAUUUCGCAUUUUUGAUGGUGAAAUCAGUGAAUUCGUAGAAGGUCCACCAAAGAAGCGAAGAAAAGAUGCUUCUGAUGCAAAUUCUGAUUGGAAUGAUGAACGUGCAAAAAUACGAGCUGUUGCUGUUGAUGCUGAUUUUAUUCAAAAAUUCAGUUAA